AUGUCGUUCGGACUCACCAUUGGCACAGAACGUGCCCAAGCGCUUCAGGCAUCCAUCCAGGAUGAACUCAUGAAAAGGGGAUAUAGCACGGAGCCAGAUCCCGUUAUGGCUGAAUUUAUUACUAUCAUGGUAAUCAACAACAAAACACCUGCUCAGGUCAGCUUGGAGUUGGAAGAUAAGCCUGAUUUCACGGAUUGGAUCUUCGCAGAGGCAGCAAAAGGCGCCUCGGUUUCCGAUGUUACUCCUCAAUCCCCUCCUGCAAAGCCUGAAACCCCAGCAGAUCCCACACCUGCACGAGAUGCCCCUCCUCACCUACCUAAUGACUCGUCACGAACCAAUGCCCCCCGCAGCGGCGUAUACCAACAUGCAAUUUCGCAAGCCCUUCCAUCUUCCUCAUCCCAAAAACGAACAGCCUCUGCUCGUUCUCCUUCUCCCAGUCACCCAAAUAAAUCAAGACGGACAGACCUUCCAACAGGUCCUCGGGCCAUGUAUCGCGACGGCUCUGGCCCAAACGGUAACCCCCAUCCCAACACCCGUAGUUUGAUUGAGCGUGUUGGAGGUCCCGCCGGUCGCAACAAAAAUUUCCAGCGAGAUGAUAUUCAAGCUCGGAUUGACAAUAUCGUGGGCAACGCACCUGAGUCAACUAUGAUGAUGCCUCCUCAGGGAUUUCCGAUGGGUAUGGAUAUGCAGGCACUGGCUGCUAAUAUGGCAAGCCCUUUGAUGUUGCAGGAGAUGAUGAUGAACCAAAUGGCACUGAUGGCGCAAAUGGCAUCAACAAUGGGAAUAAUCAACCCUGCUAAUGGGCAGUUUAACGCCCCAGGCUUCGCUCCUCCGGGCAUGCAAGGAGACAUGGGAAUGUUCCCAAAUAACAUAAACAACAGUUUCCCCCAUCAGCAACAGCAGCCUGGUAGUAAUGGCGUUAUUAACGGUGCGGGUCGUGGUCGUGGUGGUGCAAGGGGUGGACGUGGUACAGGAAGGGGAAGAGGAGGGCCACUCGGAGGUGGAAGUUCUGAUCGACCUGUUGGAAACAUUAAUUCUUCACCAGCUCCACCCACCAAUGCCGGCACUUCUGCUGCUAUUCCAAUAGUUGCACCCACUCCAGUGACCCCGGCGCCUUCAACAUCUGCCCCAUCCGCUGCCGCCCGCGCUGCUGCCCCUCCUGUGCAGGCCCAAGCGCCUGCAACCUACGCUAUCCCUGAACGGCCCCAGUCCCCUACUUUGUGUAAAUUCGCAUUGAAAUGUACAAAUGCUCAUUGUCGAUAUUCGCAUCCAUCUCCCGUUGCGACAGCUGAGAGUGGCAUUGUUCUCAGCAAUGAGGCUUGCGACAAGGGCAAGAACUGCAAGGACAAGGAUUGCAUUAAGGCCCAUGUCAGCCCUGCGGUCCUCAACCCUCAAGCCGAACAUUCCAUACCAAAUGCAACAGCGCCUAUGCCUCCAACGCAUCACAAUCCGGUUCCAUGCAGAUUUGGUGCUGCUUGCACACGCCCAGGGUGUACAUUCAAUCACCCUCCCCGUCAAACUCAAUUUGCAACACAAUGUCGAUUUGGCGCUGCCUGCACGCGCGCUCAAUGCGCGUUCCAACAUCCUGAAGGUCGUGUGCUCCCUUCUACUUUCCAUCGUGGGUUAUCCACGACAGGUCCGAUCGUUAACGUUCCCACUCCGGAGACCGGCUCGAUGGGUGUCAGCCAGAAUAGAAGUAUGACUUUCAAUAACCCUGCCUCAUCUGCAAAGCAGAAGUUAGAACAACAAGUGAAAGAGGCCGAGGAAAGGAAAAAUAAGGCUGAGAAGGCUGUGAAGGAUGCGGAGGCAGCUGCGACCAGCAAGAAGGCAGACGCCAAACCUGUUUCUAUCACCGCAUAG